UGGAUCAGAGAGCAGCGGAGUUUCGACGGGGACGGUCAAAAUUGUGAAAUAUAGGGAAAAACAGGCUAAAAAGCUUUGAAAGGACAUGUAUUUGGCUUCUCAGUGAGCGUAUUUUCCGUUUUCCGUUUCUUGUAUGUUCGCUUCUGUGUUUAUAUAAAGUCAGCCAACUUGUUAGGUGUGUUUUUGAUUGAUUACUCGGUGGAGUUUAUCGGUUACAUUCAUGGCUUUGAUAGCGACCGAUCAGGGCUGUAAGCUGAACGGGACGUCGGCGAUUUACGGCCGAGUUGGACCGAGAAAAGAAGUGUUUCAGGGCCACACGGAGGGCUUUAAAAAUGCCAAAAUGCAACCUAAAGACUCGGAGUAUUCAACAGAUGGCCUCCCAAAAGCCUUCCUGCACAGCCUGAGGACCCUCUUUGACAUUUUGGAUGAUAGUGGACGGGGCUAUGUGCACAUCUCUGAGAUCGAGAGCCGCUGGCAGGGGGCAGACACCCGGGACCUGCCUGGCGGGGUGCUGGGCUGCCUCAGGAGGGUCACCCCACCGCAUGGCUGCCUCACCUUUGAGCGGUUCGUUGCGGGGCUGCGGUACUCCAUGCUCAACCCGGAGCACAGCGCCCACUUCAAGGCCCAGGCGGCCGUGCACCCGCAGCAGGCACCAAAGCAGAAACCUGCCCCGCUGUCCACAUGCAGUGUCGGGACACGGGUCGAGAACAAGGUCCGUCCGCUGGGGCCGAGCAACGUGACAAACACCCAGCAGCACCGCUCGUCCUCCCUGCAGAGCCGGGCCAGGCCAGAGGAGGGGGUCGGGUACCCCGCGUGUGGUCCGGUGCGGUACAACACGGGUUUCGAGAGGUCCGGGAGGAGUUUGGAGCAGAUUUCUGUUCCUCCGGGGGGCGGGUGUUACCGGGCCGAACCGGGCCAUGCCUCCAAACCUACACAGCCCCAGCAGCAGAGCCGUGGCAUGGCCAUUGAGUCCCUCGCUCUGGAGUCACCGCAGCUCCAAGCACCAAGUGUUGUGAAAUCAAGCUUACCAAGAUCACACAGCGAAUCAGCAACAGGAUUUACUGGAGGAUCCAGACGACACGGGCGGAGUCGGGAAGAGCAGAGGCGGCAUACUAUAUCCAAUGGAGUGGAUUAUGGGAUGUUGAAGCAAAUGAAAGAGCUGGAGCAGGAGAAGGACUCCCUGCUGGCGGGCCUGGAGGUGGUGGAGCGGGCCCGCGACUGGUACCAGGGACAAAUACACAAUGUCACAGAGAGACAGCGGCAGGUCGGCCAGAGCUCCCACUGCACGGAUUUCUUCACAGAAGCCAAUCAGAGUCGCAUGAACGUACUAAUACCCAAAUUACAAGAAGUCAACCGCUGCCUUAAUGACCUUAUUUCCUGCUCUGGGAUGCAGUCGUUUCCUUCCAGCGCUGCUCAGUCAGCAGCUAACCCCCCGCCACCAGUUCCUGCUCCCCCACAAGCCAUUCAGAGACUGAAGGACCAGAACCGACUCCUCACACAGGAGGUGACGGAGAGGAGCGAGCGGAUCACUCAGCUGGAGCAGGAGAAGUCGGCCUUGAUAAAACAGCUUUUUGAGGCUCGAGCCCGCAACGUGCAAGACACCAGCACCAUGGACUCCACCUUCAUCUGAAAACAGUUAACUCCACCCAACAGCAUGGCAUGUUAGCACCAAGUUUAAGCUAGGAAUCAUCGUGAUGCUGCUCUGGAGCAAAACUUUUAUAAGCUAACUGUUGUUUACCCACACUUGUAGCAGUGAUGCACCUUUUAGCCAUGACAUGCCAACACCUGCGACUGCAGCAUGUGACCACUACACCCCAAACUAAAGCAUGCACUACCUAGAUGUGAACACUCCGAGGAAACCUGACCUGAAUGACUUGACCCAAGAGUCUUUUACUUGUUGCCUUUUUCCUGCAAAAACACUCCGACUAAGCUGAAAUCAAGAAACCAGUCGGGUCUCAUGAGACCUCAUCACUCUAUUUCUUGCAGGAUUACAGCAUCUCCACAAUCUCCACUCCCACUCCCAAAAGACUUUCUUUCUUAACUUCUGCUGCUCGGCUGCACAGGCAACAUAAAAAACAUGAACUGUAACUUAGUGGGCGGAUGGUUUUAUGUUGGAAUAAGAUGCCAUAUUCUUACAGUUUAAUACGAAAACAAAUUACCAACUGCAUCUGCUUGCCGUGACCUAUCAAUUACAUUUUUGUUAUUUUAUCUAUCGAUAAGAAGAUACACUUUGCCCAUGUUUUUCAGUAUUUCCUUCUUUUUUUUCAUGUAAAUGAAUAAUGUUUACCUGACAUUGGCUUUCUGGGUUUUUAGGGUGUUUCCUUUCAAAAGCUAAGAGGAAUUACUGAAAAGAACAGUUUUUAUAUUAUGGUACAGUAGCAUGUUUACUUGUUAUGAUCUUUUAUGAAUUUAAAGAUGGUUGUUUUUUUUACGAUUGAAAAAAAGAAGACGAGAGGACAGUCUACAAGCCAUCGAGGUGUAGAAGCAGAGUGGGACGAGAAAAGUUUGGAAGUUUGCACGUAGAAGAGAGCUGAGGAGGACGAACACGGCAGACGGUGAAUGUGUCGGAGCCUGAGCUCUUUGGUUGGGAGAUCUUCUGAUGUUGCGUCAGAAAAAAAGAAAAGAAAAUCACUUUGGCUAUCUAUUGCCACACCCCCCUGUAUGUGUUUACAGUGGGUUCUUUGUAUCAAAAAAUAUUUUUCUUCUAAAGAGAUUUCUGAUUAGCACAAAAAAAACCUUUUUGUCCUGGUAAGCGUCCCUCUCUAUCAGGAUCAGCCUGGAAACGGCCGGCUUUAGACUAAAACUGUAAAAACAUUCAGCCAUCCACAAAGUUUACAAGAGAAAUAUUUAGUUAGUGGGUGGCGGUAGAAUAAAAAAACCUUGUAGUUUUAUAAUGUGUCUGUAUGGUACUGCUGGGAUGUCUGCACAUAACAUGUUGUCUGUUUCCCACUUGUUUGAUUGUAUGUGUCUUGCUGCUCAAACUACAUUAUGUGUGAGUGAAACUCUUUUUCCUUCUGCUUUCUAUCAAAAAUCCAGAUAAAAUGUAAAAUAAUAAAUACGAUCAAACAAAGCUCAA